AUGAAUAUUUUCAAAUGUUCAAUCUCCUCCGAUAAAUCAAACAAUAACCAACAACAAGAACAUUUAGCAAGAGAAGAUCCUGUCACUCAUCAAUUAAUUGUAAAUCAAAAGAAAAAAAAGAAAAAUCAAACUUUACCGCCAAACAGUUUUACUUUAAUUGGAACGAAUAAUAAGAAUUACAUUUACAAACCAUUAAAAAAAUUAAGUAGUGGAGCAUCAAAUACAAGUGACGUUUGGCAGAUUGAAUUAAUUGAACCACAUGAUAUAAAAGGAAUUUAUGCCUUAAAAAGAAUUAAAUUAGAUGAUAUAGAUAAUUAUGAUUAUGGAUCAAAUUUAUUACUAAAACAGACAAUUGACAUGAAUAUUGAUAAGAAUUGUGUCAAUUCAACAACUCUUUCAGAUUUGGAACAUUUAAAUAUUGUAAAAUAUUUUGAUUCUUUCAUUUCUCAAAAUAUUGGCGGGAAAUAUUUAAAUAUUUUACAAGAAUUUUGCAUUACUUCAUUACAAAAACUUUUUGAUUUGAAACAGGACAUUCCAAUAAGUUAUCAGAUUCAAUGGUCACUUCAUAUUGCACAAGCUUUGAAAUAUAUUCAUGACGAAUGUAAAAUAAUUCACAGAGAUGUUAAACCUGAUAAUAUUUUAUUGAAAAAAGUUAUUUCUAAUAAUUUACCUAAUUUGGCAAAUUUAAAUAAUAAUAAUUUGAAUAAUAAUUCGAAUAAUAAUAGUGCGAAUAAUGAUGGUGGUGCAAAUAAUGAGAAACAGAAUAAUUUAUCAAUUAAUACAACAAUUCAAGUGAAUAAUGGAAAUUCCAAUCAGAAUUUUACAAAUAUUAAUAAUGAAAAGAGUCCUGCCUCUCCACAAUCCAAACUCAUUAUCAAACUUGCUGAUUUUGAUUAUGCAAAGAAGGUUGAUUUGAGUAAUGCCAAAACAUUUGUUGGAAGUCAGGAAUAUUUUGCACCAGAAAUUAUUAACAGUUUAAAUAAUUACAAUCUCUCAAAGAGUAAUGGAAUGUAUCAGUCAUGUGGUAAUAAUGGAGUUGGCAGUAGUAGUACUACUACUAGUAGUAAUGGUUCUAAUCAUACAAAUGAUAGAUAUUACUAUACUCAUAAGGUAGAUAUUUGGUCAUUUGGAAUUGUUGCCUUCCAGCUCAUUAAACCAAUUUAUCGAUUGAACAUUCCCAAAUUUAGAGAAGAAUUGCAAAAGAAUCCAAAUUAUGUGAAGGAAUUAUUGAAAGAUCACUUGAAUAUUUCCUCUUCAAAUUUUGAAACUCAAAGAAAACCUCAAUCUCUUCCCAACUCUAAUAAUCAUCUCUAUUUACAAUGCCUGGCUCAGAUCAUUGUUGAUUGUUUACAAUUGGAUCCAACAGCAAGACCAGAAGCUAAAGAUAUUGUAAGAAAUAUUGAAAUUAUAUAUUAUAGUACCUAUACCAAAUUCAAUUCCCCUGUAAAACCACCAAAUCAACAACAACAAACUACUUUAGGUAGUUCAACAAUUAAUGAACCACCUCCAAAUAGUGUUCUGACUCGAACGAGUCUGAGCAGUGAUAAAUCCUCCUCAUCAACACAAGAAGGAAUCAAUCAUGAUACAGCUUGUCUACUUAAUAAAUCAUUGAUGUGA